GAGCUCCGGAGUCUAAAAAAUAUCACUCCACAGAAAUUAAUAGGGAUUUUUUUUCUCGCGGAGCUUAAUGUUAAAAUAAUUAUCUCUGGAGUUAAUUUUACUCCAGAGAUAAAAAUAAAUAAAAAACCGUCCGCAUUCACUCCGAAAAUGCACCAGCCAACAUAACAUUCAGUUUCAUUUAAAUAAAAUAUAAUUGCAAUUAUUAUCAAUAACAAUUUUAAAUUAAAAUGCGUCUGUUGAAAAACAAAUUAAAAAAAAAAAAAAAUUAAUUCUACACCAGCAGUAAUAAUAAUGAAGAAAUCACCUAUUGAAACGCACAGGCGUUAUCUGAACAAGGCCAUCACUAUUCUGAGAUAUUUUGGAGUUUUGACCUACGAUUCGUCCGCGUCGAUGCAUCUAAAAUUUUUAAAUAAUUUUAUGAGAAUAUUUAGCAAUGCUAUUGUUAUUAUUUUUGUUUCAACAAUGAUUGCUGAUCUUAUAGUGAAUUUCGAUGAUUUAAUGAUAUUCGCAGAUGAUGGAUGCUUUAUUGCAGGAUGGUUUGUGGCGUUUUCAAAAGAGCAAUUAACUUACAGUAAACGCCACCAAAUUUAUCAGCUAAUAAAUGAUAUCCACAAUCCUGUUGAUGUACUAAGUCAAUCUUCAGAUUUUGAAGUGCUGGUUAACGUGAAAGAGUGCAUGUUAUUUGAAGCAAUCGAUUGUUAUUUAAUGAUGAGUUUUGUCUUGGUUAUGAUAUCGAUUAUCAAUAUUAUAUCAGCUAUAGCUGGACAAUUACCUAGUAGAGCAAUAUUUCCCUUUGAUACAACAACGUCACCAUACUACCAGAUUGCAUUUUUUAUUCAAGCAUACAAUGUAGUUUAUCAUCUCGUUAAUUUAAUAUCUGUAGAAUUUAUCAGCUGGCAAUUGAUACGAUACACUACACUUCAAUUACGAGUACUGUCAUUUAAUUAUAAAAAUUGUAAAGGUGAUUCGAAAAAAAUUUUAUCUUUUGAUUCAACACGAAAAACUAUUGAUGCCAUUAAAUUAUAUAAUUUAUUUGAUAUCGAGGAUGAACAAAAAGAAAUAACUAGUUUUGUAGCACUUGAAGAUAAAGAAAUAAAUCAUAUUGAGAAUUCUUUUAAUUGGAGAUUUAAAACUUGUAUAAAUCAUCACCAGAGACUUAUUAGAAUUGUUAAAAAUCUCAAUGAUACUUUUCGAAAUUCCCUCAUGGUACAACUCAGUGGGAGUCUGUUGAUUAUUUGUUUGAAUGGUUAUCUAGCAGUUAUGUAUCCUCAUGAUAAAAAAGCAUUGAUCAGAGCUCUCAUGUAUUUACUAUCGGGAUUUACCCAAUUACUGUAUUGGUGUGCAUUUGGAAAUCAACUCAAAUUUCAAGCAGAUCAUUUGACGACAGGUCAGUGGAUGUGCGGGUGGGAAAACAAUUACGAUAGUGGUAUUAAAAAUCUUGUGACAACGGCAAUGAUAAAAACAAUGCAGCCACUGGAAAUACGUGCCGGGGGACUUUUCGUUUUAAACAUGGAAACUUUUAUAUCAAUUUUGAAGAGUUCGUAUUCUGUAUUCAUAUUAUUAACAACUGUUACGGAUUAAUGACGAUAAUCAAGUUCUUGAAUUCAAUAAUGGACUAAUUUCAUGACAUACUAUGAAAAUAAAAAUUCGAUACAUUGUCUUUAAAAUGAUAUGUAUACAACAAAUGUAAAAAAAUAUUUGA